AUGUCAGACAGGGUGACGACAGCGCUGCAAGAAGAGGAGCCGGUGCGUAUCUGCUCACAGCCUGCUGUCCACGCCGGCACGUCCGUCCGGCUGAGCGAGCGUGGCGCUCCUGUAGCCAGAACUGCCCCAGACCGCCAGCUUGACUUCAACGCCGUCGUCUUCCUACCGCAAGCGCUGCGGAGGGAGGGUGUCCAGGCGCCACCUCGAGCAGGCGGCGAUGCUCUGGAGCAGGACCGCCUGCUCUCACGCGAAGGAAGCACACCAAAACACGCAAAGAAGGUGGCAACAAAAAUCUAUGCCAUACCAAGUGCAGAUCAGAUUCGUAUCACAACAUCCUUGAAAAGCCAAAGAGGAUCAGUAUGGACAAAAAACAAAUCAAUGUUUGAAUACUGGGAGAUUGAGGUGACAUUUCGAGUUACGGGAAGAGGCCGCAUCGGAGCUGAUGGACUGGCAAUCUGGUUUACAGAAGAGCAAGGCUUGGAAGGUCCUGUUUUUGGGGCAGCUGAUGAAUGGAAUGGUGUUGGAGUUUUCUUUGAUUCUUUUGACAAUGAUGGAAAGAAAAAUAAUCCUGGUGUGAUUGUUGUAGGCAACAAUGGAAAACUUUCGUAUGACCAUCAGAAUGAUGGUUCCACGCAAGCACUGGCAUACUGUCAGAGAGACUUCCGUAACAAGCCCUAUCCUGUCCGGGCAAAGAUUACAUACUACCAAAAAACAUUGACUGUGUUAAUUAACAAUGGCUUUACUCCAGAUAAGGAAGAUUAUGAAUUUUGUGCAAAAGUGGAAGAUAUGGUGUUGCCAUCACAAGGAUAUUUUGGAAUAUCUGCAGCCACAGGGGGGCUUGCAGAUGACCAUGAUGUCCUGUCUUUUCUGACCUUCCAGCUGACUGAACCUGGCAAGGAAGUACCUACACCAGAUGCAGAAAUUCCUCAAAAAGAUAAAGAGAAGUAUCAAGAGGAGUUUGAACACUUUCAGCAAGAACUGGAUAAAAAGAAAGAGGAAUUUCAGAAGGAACAUCCUGAUGUGCAAGGACAGCCAGCUGAUGAUCUUUUUGAAACUGUGAGUGAUCGUGAACUGAGGCAAAUCUUUGAAGGACAGAAUCGGAUUCAUCUUGAAAUCAAACAGCUUAAUAGGCAAUUGGAUAUGAUUCUGGAUGAGCAGAGGAGAUAUGUCUCUGCAGUGACAGAUGAGAUUGCCAAAAGAGGAGCUGGUGUUCCAGAUCAACAAGGACAGAUUUCCCAGCAAGAGAUUGAUGCAGUUGUGAAAACUCAAGAAGAGGUCCUUAGACAAGUGAAUGAAAUGAGAAGUUCCAUGGCUGACACGCUAAGGCUGGUCAGUGGAGCUCAACAUCCGGGAUCUGCUGCGGGGGUCUAUGAAACAACUCAGCACUUUAAUGACAUCAAAGAACACCUUCAUGUAGUAAAGAGGGACAUUGAGCAUUUAGUCCAACGAAAUAUGCCAUCUAAUGAGAAAUCCAAGUGUCCAGACUUGCCACCUUUUCCAUCAUGUUUAUCUACAGUGCACUUCUUCAUAUUUGUAGCAGUGCAAACAGUGUUAUUCAUUGGUUAUAUCAUGUAUAGGAGUCAACAAGAAGCAGCAGCCAAGAAGUUCUUUUGACGACUUGUUCCUUUUGUGUGUACAUAUCAGUAUGCACAGAAAAUUAUACAAUUCUGUAAAUGAGGGAAAUUUUAGUGUUUGAUAUACUUCAAUAUUGUAAAUUAUUGCAUUUUGUUAAACAAAAUGAGUUACUGUUUAAACUGUUAAUGCUAAAGUUAAAAACAGACCGGGGAGCAGUGGAGCAAAUACUAGGUAGGGGAAGGCCAAGAACCCUAUCUAGGUCUAUGUUUCCAGCUAAAUUUCUGAUAAAUAGUGUGGAUUUGUUAACAUUCAAGAAGAGGGAAUUAAGACACAAAGAUUUGAUGGUUGUUGAUAAUAAAAGUUGCAAACUGAUGAUUUGUGCAGAAAGCCUACCACUAAGUAUCCUGACAUGUCAGUUUUUUCCUCUUCCUCACUUCUCUGUUUCGGGGGAAAAAAGUUGUUACGAACAUUUCAUUUCUUUGCCAUUUGGAUUUAAUGUUUUUUAGAAUGAUUUAGUAAAUUCUCACUCUUCAUGAAAUGUAGAUUUACAAAUAUUUUUUUAAUAUGUGGACACAAAGACAGGCCUUUAACAGUCCAAAUGUUGGUAUCUGGUAUAGAAAGCAAACAAUGCAGAAUAAGCAAACAAAGGCUUAUCUCCCUAUUUUGGGUUUUGUUUUUAGGUAGUGAGAGAAACACUGAUAGAGUAGUCUCCUUGAGUAUAUCAUGGGAUUGAUUUCUGUUUUGGAGUUUCAAGUCUGUGUGUAAUUUUGUUUAGAGAUUUGUAGAACCUUUUCAGCAAAGAUAACACUGGUUACACCUCUUCAGAUCUGAUUUUGUUAAGGGCAUAUUUAAUCUGGGAAUUUGCUUUACUUUUAUAAAGCUGUCUUGUGUCUUUUUUGAAUCAAAUAUGGAUACUUUGAUUUAAAAUCUUGAAGCAGCAAGUAUUCUGAACUACAAACAUUGAGUGUUAUCCAUUUCUUCACAAGCUGUUUCUGCAGACGUGCUUGUUAAUCCAGUAGCUGUUGCAGAACCAGUACUGUGCAUCAACUCCUGGUUUAAUAUCAAAGGCAUAAGACUGAACACUUGCUUUUGAUUUUGCUUAUCAUGUGCAAUUUGCUUCAGGAAAGAAACAAAGGAGAUAGCCCAAAUUGGGAACGUGAAAGGGAUUCUUUUUGCCUUGUUUACAUAUCUGUGGUAACUUUGUCCUUGAGUUGCUUGUGUGUAGAAUUGGGAUAGAAUUUUUAAAUUCUAUAAAAUGCACAAAUGCAUCAGAAUAUUUCACUUUUAAUUCUGAAUCUCUUUAUCUGAAGACCUGCAACAACUAUCUAGAACCUAACAUACAACUUCUACUCCUUUGGAGUGCAACACAUGCUGCCAAAGUCACUAUAAUGGAGAACAUUUUAGUAUUGUGCCUGACAAUGUGAAGGAAUGAUAAAUCUAUGCAAUACAUUUUGUUACUUAAAUUACAGAACGUCCAGAAAGUGGGUGCCUGUGCUAUACCAGUAAAAUGAUACUACCUACACACCUAUCUAUAUAGCUACAGUAUGUAGUAUGCUGUAAGUGGUAUAGCUUAAUAAAUUCAUUCCUGAAUUUGAGAUGAUUUUGUUUGCUGUACUAAUUGGAGAAAUUACUGCCUCAAGCUAAUCUUGCUGAAUAAAUAGGGUAGGUCAAUAACCCUUCGGAGAACCACAGUAACAUAUGGGAAUUUAUUCUUUCAGUUCUCACACCAGCAAAUAUUUACAGGUGCCUUGAAUCUAAGCUAUUGCAACCCUGACUCUAUUCACUAAAUGUAAUACGUCGUCUUAAACUACUCUGAAAACGUACAAUGUUGUUCCUUUCAGUCCCUAGCUUUCCUACAUCAGUGCAACACCUAAAGAGAGCUCCCUCGCUCACAGCAGGCUUUGUAGGACCUUCCAUAUGGAAAGGCUGAAAAGUAGGUCCGCAUAUCUGGCAUGAUGAGGAGCAGCUCUUAAGUAUUAAGUUGGAGGAAGCAUGUGUUUCUCUCUGCUGUGAAUUUCUCUGACUAUACCUUAGUUCCAAAAAGCUGAAGCAGCCUGUGCUGUUGUGUCUUGUGUUAGGAAGAAGAGAAGGCUGGAGGUGGUGUCUAGGGACAAACUUGCACCUACAGUUUCGUUUUCAGUAUGGCGCUCAGCUGCUGUGUUUAUGCUGCUAAUAGAUCCACCUGUCUCCCAUGUGUAACUGGGAAUCUUUUGCAUUGGGGAGCAGAAGGUCUAAAGCGUAACAUCCAGAAAGUGGUACUUUGCUUCAUGCCUAGUUUAGGUCACAUUCAUCUCUUCUUGGAACUUCCAUAGUUGCCUUGCCAUUCCCUGGAGCAAAUGAAAGCUCCUAAUCGUCUAGCCCAAACUUUGUCCUCUCUGUUCUUGAAGUGGUUGCAACAAAUUCUGACUGUAGACUAUUUAUCAGUAAAAGUAGCCUCUGAUUAUGGCUACUAGAAGUUUCUUUCAACACUGUAAACGUUUCAUUUUGUCAAGUAAAAUUUUAGGACUAGAAGAAGACAGCUUAGAAUCCACUUUGACGAUAUGGAGGGGAACAAGCCUAGUAGUAUUGAACUGUGGAUGAUAAGUAGCAAAUAUUAUUUGGCAGUGACAAGAGAAUCCCAUUGUACUGGUCAGAGUAUAUUAAAGUAAAUUGUCACACCUGAAUCUUUUAAACAAAAUCCACAAUCAUGUUUGUAAAUUCCUAGCUUCCUGUUUGAGGCAAAUUUGACUUGUAUCAAUUACUGUAACAACCAAGACUUCUACUGUGUUAAAAAUUCAAACAGCUGACAUUUAAUGUUUAUUUCUGACAAAUGUAACUUGACAGUUGGAGUUCAAAGAUAACCUUAUUUGAAUAAAGAUACAUAUUUUCGGUAA